AUGAGAAAUACAGAACGAGAUUUACGUAAACGAACCACCAGCAUACCAAUAACAGAUACACUAGUUGACCCACAAAAAACAAAUACCCAACGUUCAUCUCGUAUAUCACGAAUAAUUAAUUCAUUUAAAUGGGUUAUUUUGGCAGGAUGGAUAUUUUGGUACUUUGAAGUUGAUAGCGGUGUACAAGAAAUUUUAACUUUAGGCGGAAAUACACCGCCACCAAAAUAUUCAGCGUGGAAAAAUGAUGCGUGGAAAAAUGAUGAGAUGUUAGGGAAAUUUAUACCCAUAGCAACUAUCAUGGGUACUAUUGGUAUAAUGGGAAUGAUAGUUGAUUUUUGGAGCGUUUGGGGAUUUUUCAGAGCGCCUAUAAUUGUACUUGGAUUGUUAAGAGGAGUCGUUGCAUUCUUGGAGAUUUUGGAGAUUUUUUGA